UCCACUCUCAAAAGGGCAGACCCCAUCAGGCCCGGGAGUUUUCAAUAAAAUAGGUCGAGUACAAAAUAUUUUCAUUUUGUGUCAUAUUUUCAAUCUGGCGAUUUAUUUAUCAAACAGACAAGAGAUCCAACCAUGGCUGAUGCAACUGAUCAAGCUUCGAAGAUCAAAAGAGUCAGAACUGGAUGUUGGACAUGCAAGAAAAGACGUAGAAAAUGCGAUGAAGGAAAGCCAGAAUGUAAUAACUGCAUCAAAGCAGGAAGAAAAUGUGAAGGGUAUGGGCUGAAGCUCUCAUUUGAUGUUGAUGAUAGCAGAAAUAGUAAAGAACCCAAAGUGAACUCAAAAGGUGAAGUGAUUCACGGAUUCAGAGGUAGACCACGACUCAAAGAGAGUCUUUCGAAGAGAGAGUUAAGAGCUGAAGAGCUCAAGGAUGAUACGAAAAAAAGGAAACUUACUCCAUACAUUUCAGAGUCUACAAAAACAGAGCCUCCAACGAGUACAUCUAUAGCAUCAGUUACGAAUGAAAAUGUGAACCCUAGUGUUUUGCUCAACAAUGUCAACGUCAAUGUUAACCAUUUUGAACCUUCCAGGAUCAAGAUUGCCGAUGAGUUCCACAUUUUCCAUGACCUUUUCCCCUCUGGUGUUGCUGAUGAGCAAAUUCCAUCAUUUAUCGAUAACUUACAGCACACGGACUUGAUGUCUCAUCUUGACCAUCUUGAUGAUGUACGGGAUGGUCACCAACCUGACAUUUCAGCCAAUGGUAAUGGUGCAUCUGGGACAAAGAUGACUGACUAUGAGGAAAAUAUGAUGAUCAAGCAUUUCUUUAAGAGACUGUUACCACUCUUAGAUGCACACCCAAGUACCCCAUGGCCCCAGCUUGCUUUGAAGUAUUGUGAUUUUGAGAUUGCCAAAAGUUGCUUCAUUGCUUUAGCAUGUAUCCACAUCUAUGAGACAAAAGGUGUCCAAGAAUUUUAUAGAACUGGUAUGGUUUAUGUUAACAACACCUUAGAAUACCUGAUUCAAUACCUGAAGGGUAAAAGUGAGGACUCCGAAGGGGAUGAGGAUACUCUAGACGUCCCAAAGAUUAUCAGCAAUUUGAAGAAACAGCCAAUUGAAAAGAGAAGAUCCAAUUUCUUUGUCAUUUUGCUUCUCAUUCAUAUUCAUUUUCUAUUUAGUGUUGUUGAAUCUGGAAGGUCGGCCCUGGUGCGUAACUUUAGCGAGUUGUUUGCUGCAAUUGUGAAGGAUGCCUCUUUCAAACCAUAUUUGGAUCAAAUAGAGGAGAGUUCCACUUUAAUCGCUAACCUUUCCUGGUUUGAUACCAUUGCUGCGCUUGUUUCGCCAGAUUGCAGACUUCCGUACUGCGAUGAGAAUUGGUAUGGUAUGAAGAACUCACCAAAGUCACUUAUCAAACUUAUGGGAUGUCCUGGAGAGAUAAUGAGAACAGUGUCAAGAUUUUGCAGGUUAAGGAAAGAGAUGAAGGACAAUUAUAACAUUGUUGAUCUAAGUACCGAGAACAAAUUCAACGCUCUGAAGUAUGAUCUAUUGAGUUAUAGAGACUAUGUGAUCUAUCAAGAGGACAUUUCUGAGCUAGAGAAUUACAAGAGAUUGAAGUGUGCACAAUGUUGGGCUCUUGCAGUUCUUGUAAACCUUUACAAGUUAGUGAAGCCAGAUGACCAGGUGACUGUGAAGGCCAUGGUGAACGAGUUUAUCGAAGUUUAUUCAUCCAUGGAGACCUCAUCACCACAGAUUACCCAGACUAUUUGGCCAAUUUUUGCCAUUGCAUGUGCGUCUACUACUGAGUAUCAACGUUCAAAAGUUGGACAAUUGCUUGACAAGUUACAUAGCACGAUCAACAUGGGUACAGUAACUUCAAUCAAAGCGAUAGCGACAGAGUGUUGGGAAACUGGUAAAACUUGGGAGGAAGUACUUGCAGGUAAAGAGUGGUAUGGGUCUGGUAUUGACUUUCUCGUUGUGUGA